CAUUGAAAUGGAGGUUGCAACUGAUAAGCCUGACAAGAAGAUUGAUAUGAAUAAUGAAGGUGGGACUGCAAUCCAAGAGAGUUCCGAGCUGAAAAAACAAGCAAAGCCUUCAGCUUUUGCAGGUGCUGCUGAUGGUGUGGAGGUCAACAGGAAGGAGGGGCCAAGGUUCAGGGAUUUAGGUGGAAUGGGAGGAGUAUUGGAGGAGUUGAAGACGGAAGUCAUAGUGCCUCUUUACCACCCACAUUUGCCACGGUGGUUGGGAGUCAAGCCAAUUGCUGGCAUUUUGCUCCAUGGCCCGCCUGGCUGUGGCAAGACCAAAUUGGCCCAUGCCAUUGCCAAUGAAACUGGUUUUCCUUUCUAUAAAAUUUCAGCUACCGAGGUCGUUUCUGGUGUCUCAGGUGCAUCAGAAGAAAAUAUCAGGGAGCUCUUCUCGAAAGCAUACAGGACUGCUCCUUCAAUUGUAUUCAUUGAUGAGAUUGACGCCAUUGCAUCUAAAAGAGAAAAUCUACAAAGGGAGAUGGAGCGCCGAAUUGUCACACAGUUAAUGACUUGUAUGGAUGAGUCUCAUAGACUUGUGCAACCAAGUGAUAAAGAGUCAAGUUUGAAGAGCUCUGAUUCCAAGCCUCGUUACGUCCUUGUAAUUGGAGCUACCAAUAGACCUGAUGCUGUGGACCCUGCACUACGGAGGCCUGGACGAUUUGAUCGAGAGAUUGUUCUUGGUGUUCCAGAUGAAAAUGAUAGGCGUGAGAUCCUUUCUGUGCUUACACGCAAUCUUAGACUUGAAGGUUCUUUUGAUCUUUGGAAAAUAGCUAGGGCUACACCCGGGUUUGUUGGAGCAGAUUUGGCUGCCUUGGCUAACAAGGCUGGUAAUCUUGCCAUGAAGAGAAUCAUAGACCAAAGAAAGCAUGAGUUUUCUAGAAAAUCUAUAGAUGAGGAACAAGCUGAUCAGUGGUGGAGACAGCCUUGGUUGCCUGAGGAGAAGGAAAAAAUGACAAUUACUAUGGCUGAUUUUGAGGAAGCAGCAAAAAUGGUUCAACCUUCAUUUAGAAGAGAGGGAUUCUCUACAAUUCCAAAUGUUAAGUGGGAGGAUGUUGGUGGUCUUGAUUUCCUAAGGCAGGAGUUUGACCGUUACAUAGUUAGGCGCAUAAAAUUUCCGGAGGAUUAUGCGGAAUUUGGAGUCGAAUUAGAGACAGGAUUUUUGCUUUAUGGACCACCAGGCUGUGGUAAAACAUUGAUUGCAAAGGCUGUUGCUAAUGAGGCUGGAGCCAAUUUCAUUCACAUCAAGGGCCCUGAACUUUUGAAUAAAUAUGUUGGAGAAAGUGAAAUGGCAGUUCGGACAUUAUUCAGCCGUGCCAGGACAUGUUCACCAUGCAUACUAUUUUUUGAUGAGGUGGAUGCUUUGACCACAAAGCGUGGGCAAGAGGGGGGAUGGGUUGUUGAGCGACUUCUGAACCAGUUACUCAUUGAGUUAGAUGGUGCAGAUCAGCGGUGUGGUGUUUAUGUCAUUGGUGCCACUAAUAGACGUGAUGUGAUGGAUCGUGCCCUCUUACGGCCUGGCAGGUUUGGUAAACUUCUCUAUGUGCCUCUCCCCAGUCCAGAUGAACGUGGGUUGAUCCUAAAAGCCCUUGCUAGGAAGAAGCCAAUAGAUGCCAGUGUGGAUUUGAGUGCCAUUGGACGUAUGGAGGCUUGUGAAAAUUUAAGUGGGGCUGAUCUUUCUGCACUGAUGAAUGAAGCUGCAAUGGCUGCUUUGGAAGAGAAACUCACUUCAACUGGGAUCUCUGAGACUUCACGGACAAUCAAGACAUCCCAUUUUGAACGAGCACUGCGUAAAAUCUCACCCUCAGUCUCCGAUAAGCAAAAACAAUUCUAUAAGGAAUAGUCAGAGAACUCCAAAGCAGGUUGAGAAGAGACAAUCCCCAUUGAUGUACCAUUACAGGAGCUGUUAUUGAUGUCUGAUACUCAACAUCUGAGACUUGCAAUGAUCAAAGUAGCCAUUCUCAACGUUAAGGUGUGUCUGAAUUGUUCAAUGUAUUCUGUUUAUAUGUUUCAUUUUUUACCCUAAUAUUGAGUGUUAAAUGAAGCUUGCUUCUCUUUUAUGAGGGAAAAAAAUUUUGUGCCAACAGAUUUAAACUUGGUUAGUUGUAGUUAUUUGCAGGAAAUACAGUGGAGAAACGUGUAUUUAUCCAUUUUAAGCAAUGCAAAGGGACUUGUUUUAUAAGAUCACCCGUUUUAAUGUAAAAUAAUAAUAAGUAAUG